GAACGGUACCAUCGUGGCGAACACACGUGUAGCCCGGAGCAGCUAGCCCAGGCUCUACGUCGCCGCCACCGCCCUCCACACACACACACACCCGCGAAAGUGAUAUUUCCACAUUGUUGGCCGGCCAGUUUUUGCUGCGCGUCCGUGGUGGCAGUGCUCGCGGACCAACGCCUCACUCCGUCCCCGCCCGGGUCCGCAGCAUCACCUCCGCCUCUCCGACUCCGUCUAGUCAGCCUGGUGGUGCCCGGCCAAGGGUACUGCCUUCGGCACUCCCACCCCCACCCCCCCACUGCCACCCCCGCCUGCGUCACUUAGGUCUACCUGUGACGUCACAUUGCACAGUGCCCUACACUAAGGCACAUGUACAUGGCGCCCUCAUUACUCAGUGUAGGACUUGAAGUAGACAGAAGUGGAGCGUGUUCCGUCUCUGCCCAGUGUUAAGACGGUGCAAUAAGAGUGACAGUUGCAGGAUACUUAGCCCCCAUCAGUGCCUCGCAAGUGUUCACCUCCGGGCAGUGUGCAUACAUAACCAGCACAACCUCACUCCUUAUAUAGAAACUUACAUUAUUGCUUCCGUCCAACGCUGUUUAUUAUGAAGUGACCCGACGCGUAUAUGCUCUAGAAACCUGCGCCAGCGCACACAUCAACAUGGAUAUUACCUUGACAAGUCUCUGUAAAUGAACGUGAACACAAGCCCCGCUGUGACUGCCAAUGUGCUGCUUGCUGCGUGCCUCCAUGCUCCUUGUUGAAGGCGUGGACGUGACUCAAGAAAGCCCAAUCGUCCCGGACGAUACGCCAGCCGCGCCCCACCCCCCCUUCACGCCACCCCACAGCCACGCCCAUAACAUGCUCGUCCUCCAACCACAGCAGUCGCUCCUCCACCCUAGUGUGGCUGAGGCAUUAUCAGCAUCAUACGGCCUCACAUCUUCCUUCGGCGACGACUCUCUCAGCGGGACGACCAGUGAUGAAUUUAAAUUAGGAACUGCAUUCACAGCGACACCGGCUCCCAGCUAUGGUGAAGGCGGUAGCGAGGGCCCCUUUAGUGAAGUCUUCCAGGCCGAGUAUCUGCUGUCAGCGCCGCCCCUGGAAGAUCUGAAACCUGUCAUCACUCAUCCGCCAUCUGGAACUCCGCCCCCAGGUUCUCCUGGUCAUGCAGCCUCCACGCCCUUGUCAUCGUCAGCAGCUGCAGCCGCGGCUCUUCCUAGCUUUCAGGAAACCUAUUCUCCACGGUACAGACCGUUGGGCUCUGCUGAAGUUUUCACAUUUAAAACCGAUGAGGGUAGGCCUAUAGAAUACCCACAACCUCCACCAGCUCAUCAGGCGUUCGCCCAGGCUACCCAACAGCAACAACAAGCACAGUUACAGCAGCAACAGGCACAACUUCCUCAGCAGCAGCAACAGCAACAGCAGCAGCCAACAGCGUCUUUUGAGGCGUACGCUCACGCUCCACAGGUGUACGCUCGGCCGGCACCAUACCCAAGUCCCUCCGUGCCUGUCAGCCACGCCUACAGUGGUCCCACCAAGACCUUCAGUGGGGAGUUUUAUCCCUCUGCCCCUACCUAUGAUCCUCUUCAGCCUCUCCACCCCGAGCAAUACCUACGACCUUCCACAUCUCACCACUACACUGAAAUGGGAGUACCUUCCACUUCCAGCACCCCGCCCAUGUCUUUCCUUGGCCGCAAGGGACCCGGAGAACAUAUUGACCCUGGUCUAAUGCGGCUGCAUGCUCCUCCUAUGAGUGCUGGCCGCCAAGUUUCGGAGCAGAAGCCACAGUCACCAGCACAACUGUGCGCCGUGUGUGGAGACACUGCUGCCUGCCAACAUUACGGUGUUCGGACCUGUGAAGGCUGCAAAGGAUUCUUUAAACGUACCGUCCAGAAAAAUGCCAAGUAUGUGUGCCUUGCCGACAAGAAUUGUCCUGUUGACAAGCGACGUAGAAAUCGGUGUCAGUUCUGCCGUUUUCAGAAAUGUCUGGUCGUCGGCAUGGUGAAGGAAGUAGUCAGGACUGACAGCCUGAAAGGUCGGCGAGGUCGUCUACCUAGUAAGCCCAAGAGCCCACAGGAGUCCCCCCCGUCACCGCCUGUCUCACUGAUCACGGCUUUAGUAAGGGCACAUGUCGACACCACUCCGGAUGUCUCCAACCUCGACUAUUCACAGUACAGAGAACCUUCCAAUGGUGCCGAGUCGCCCUCCACGGAGGCAGAAAGAAUACAGCAAUUCUACUCAUUACUCACCUCUAGCAUUGAGAUCAUCCGACACUUUGCAGAGAAAAUUCCAGGCUACCAUGACUUGGCCCGCGAAGACCAGGAUCUUCUGUUCCAGUCGGCAUCUCUCGAACUCUUUGUUUUAAGAGUUGCUUAUAGACUUGUAAACAACCCCGAAGACACCAAGUUUGUGUUCGACAGUGGCAGAGUACUGCACAGGUCUCAGUGUGACCGCUCUUUUGGGGAGUGGCUACAAGGUAUUCUCGACUUCUCCGCCUCGCUGAAAGCAAUGGAUCUCGACAUAUCUGCAUUUGCCUGUCUCUCAGCACUCACAAUCAUUACAGAGAGACACGGACUUAAGGAUACCAAGAAAGUGGAACAGCUACAAAUGAAGAUUAUCAGCUCCUUGAGAGAUCACGUCACCUACAAUGCGGAGGCACAGAAGAAGCCCCACUAUUUCUCACGCAUUCUCGGCAAACUACCCGAGCUGCGGUCCCUCUCUGUUCAGGGCCUACAGCGGAUCUUCUACCUCAAGUUGGAAGACCUGGUCCCUGCCCCUCAACUCAUAGAGAAUAUGUUCGUCUCUAGCCUUCCCUUCUGAAUUAACAGGAAACUUCUGAGACUUUACCUUACUGCCAUGGGCUCACCCAGCUUCCUACCCAUCACUACACCUCCGUGGUUGACCUUCAGAUGAAGAUGUUGGGCCACGGUUCUCCUUAAGCCGUGGCCCUCGUUCAGGAGAGAGUGGUGGUACAUCAGUGGUGCCAGGCCCUGCCCCCCAGAACCUCGUAUCCCUCCACUAGGAGCAGCAGCCACUACUACUGCCCACGCCCAUUAUACCAAAUCCACCCCUAUUGUUAAGGGUGUUCCUCAGCAAGAGACCUCAGCCAGGAAAAGACGACUUCCUCCCCUUCUGUCUCUCCCUCGACGAAUAAGCCUCGUUGAGCCUGCAUAAAAGUGCAUUGUGUUUUGUAGCGCGCGCACAUAAUGAUGCACAUAAUGGUCACAUGCACACACACACAUAGUUCGUUUACAGACUUUUACUAAAAAAGUAUAAAAAAGCAAUGUUAUUUUUUAAUAAUCGGAAUAAGGUGGUUGGAUGAGAGCCAAGAAGCACUAAGCGAGUAUGAAGGUGCUCUGUGGUGCGUGUGUUAGACUUGUCACUUCGGCAUAAUGCCUCGACAAACUAGUCAUUCUGUGAUUUAAUGGAAAAUAUAAAAAGAUUUUGAAGGAAGAGUAAUGAGAAUAUUGUUUAUACUUUGAGCUCAGUAAAGCUUCAUUACGUAUUUUUGUAAUUACUUUUAAGUCAAACCUAGGAUAGUCUGAAAUAUAAUAUUUUCGGCCUUACCUUGUGCAUAGGUAACUGUACAAAACCCUGUAGAUAAAUACUGAUUUACGCUCGUUGAGUCGCAACAAGGCGUAUUAUACAGGUACUUGUAGGAUACGCACCAUGACAAGGUCCAGUCCUAGCAACCGUGAGCAGUAAUAACAACAUAUACGACAAAGAAUCGGUAAUGAACGAGUUCCUUGGCUUGUGGGAGCGAUGUGACUGACAUGGCAGCCAAACCUCCCAAAUCCUUGGGCUCCAGUGAGCUGUCUUGUCUCCUCAAUGCUCCUUAGUCACGUGGUCUCUGUUGCAAGUUUGUAUGGAAUGUAAUAUAUAUAUAUAUAAAUAUAUGAUUAGGGGUCUCAUGGAUUGAUAUUUUUUAUACUGGAAAUCCCGCGUACAACUCAUUAGUUCUAAUGUUUAUGGUGCUGCCGCUAGCAUCCUAACAGGAAACUAGACGAUAGUUAUAGAGUGCAUUUAGUUAGUAGACCGUCUACACGGUUACUCGGACUGCCCUUUUCAUCGGCAACCUCAGAGGUAAAACUUUGCCGCUCCUCUUCAGGAAGAGGUCCAGACGUCUUCGUCAAGUCGAAUAUGAAAUCCUCUUUAGGGGUGAAGGUUGCCAAGUUUAUUUUCUAUGCUGAUCUGUGUCGUUGACUGUCUUGCCCCGGUGAUAAUAUUCUAGAGUACCCAACUUACUAACGCUUUUUUGGUCUAGCUGGGAGUUACAUGGAAGGGUGUGAAGGCCUCUCAUCCCCCCCCCCUCAAAAAUGUGCUGCUAGAACUAAUUUUUACUGUGGAAGUUUUGAGUACCUGUAGCCUGAGCGCGGCGCCCGUCUGUAAGCCAGCUGAAGAGACUAUUGUCGUUAUGGCUGCAAACCUGUAUGGUGUCUCAAUUUUUAACGUUGUCUGGUCACUGUUUUGCCUUUUAUGUUUUAGUCAGUAUUACGUGUCAUUUCGUGUCAUAUAUUCAGUGUUUACAAUUUCUUCAACGUCACGUCCACUAAAUCCAAUCCAUCUUGCGGGAUGGAGGAACCUGGCCCAACGUAGCUGCUCCCAGCUGCCCGCUCUGAGUGCAAGGAAGACACAGACAGUGUGGACGGCCGGGAGAUGGGUCGGAAUCCUUCUCUCCCUAAGUUUUGAUCUUACGUUCACUCCCAUCAUUAGUUUCCAUAGAACAACAGUACGAGAUUAAGCCAUAUGUAUGAUUCCAAAACGUCUUUAUCCCUCCCCCAACCGCACGACUAAACGCUGUUGGAAACGAUACCUAUUUGCAUGUCCAAAGAAAGGGUAAUGUUUCCCCAAGCAAGAACGGAAUUCCAAAGAUAUUGGUGGCCAAUGUGGUCUCUUGUUGUGUAAUUGUUUUUGAAUGACAAUCCAAGAGCUAUUAUUCAGUUUAUACCUAAUUUACGUCUGUUGUAACAUUUGAAUGUUUCAUCAUUAGUGUGUGAUGCACACUAAUGCACAUAUACAUAUACACACACAUACAUACACCAAAACACACACACACAUACAGAUGGCCUGUAAUGAAUGUACGAAGCACGGCCAAUGUCGUCCUUUGUACGUACCUGUGUUUGUUUAUGAUGUGGUGAAGUCUUGACCAGAAGGAAUGAUAAGGUCUGCUACCCAUGACAAUUUUAUUAGAAGAGUGUUCGUGGAACGGUGCCUAGGUCAUCUGUUACUGUGUGCAUAGUAUAUAUUUUUUUGCCUUGAGCUUCUCCGUAGCAAUAACUUGGAAGAGAGAAGGUCACACUCCCGCAUAUCCUAAAGGCUACUGACCCCACCCGAAUGAAAAACUAUGUCACUGUCUUUUAAAAGUCAUUGAUCAUACUUGUCAAUGUUAAUGACAGAAUUAUUCUUAUUUUUUGUGUUAAAUUUGAUGGUUUAGCCAACAUCCAUCAGAUGAUAAAUCUAUCGUCAAGUUGCACGGGAGGUCCAGCAACAUAACAAAGGCGGGAGGUGGUCAAUCAUUUCUCUCUUGCCUGUCAAUUGCGGUUGUCCUCGUGUCACUGUAGCGAUCCUGUGCUAGUAUCCAUAUUUGUUACUGUCGUCUCUACCUGGCUUCACCUUUGUGACGUCCGCUUAUAGAGUUAUUUUUGUUCUAUACAUACAUAUAUAUAUAUAUAUUACAUAGCAAAUAAUAUAUAUAUGAAACCCCGUACAGGUUGUUACAGUGACUAUGGCAUUUGCACAGACCAGCCACCCUCUGCCGACUGAGAUAAAUAGUGUCUUUAAAUGUAAAAGAACACGUAAUUUGCAAAGGAAUCUGAUUUAAGUUAUCAUUGAAAUGCGAAGUCUCAGAAACAGGCAAUGAACGCGAUGUUAUGUCCCCCUCGGUGAGAACUAAAGCUGGUCUGUGCUUAUACCGACAAUGUUACCAGUCAUGCAAAACCUUUUCUAGCCUUAUCUGUGGGUUACCAUCUGUUUUUAAGAAUAAUAGUAUAAUAUAUAUAUAUAUAUAUAGAGAGAGAGAGAGUAAUCCUAGUUGGAGCUGCUUAACACAUACAUACAUGGUCCUGUCGCUGUGAGCCUCAUCAUUGUCUUCAGAUCAUAUGUAUGUGAGGAAAGUAAUUUAUUUUUCUGUCCAACCUCGAUAUUGAUUGUAAAUACUGACUCGCAAGUGGUCAAAUUAUCUUAAGAGAUUUAAAACAAAAAUUAUUUUCACCGCAAUGUUUUUGUGCUACGUUCGCUGUAUUGGUGGCAGCGUGUGUUUGUUUACAUUGGUUUCUAGUUGGGUGUGAAUAUAAUAAUCCCCGAAUAUUCAAUAAGGUUGAGUAUCCUUAGAGAUAUGGAAGGAUUUUCAGCCCAAGUGAGUGACUAUGUAUACUACAAUGUUCGCGUCUGAAUGGUCCAAGUGUCUUAAUGACGUCAUAUCAGAAUAUAAAUGGGGAAACCCCUUUUUUUUUAAUUUUUUUUUAUCCUUUUUUGUGUGUGUAUCGAGUCAUAAAGAAUCAUUGAGUGUAUAAGUGUUCACAUGAUUGUUAAAGCCUACAUGUUGAAUAAAAUUUCUCUUGUUGUCAUAAAAUGAGUUAUGUUAUUCAUCUUGCAAUGCAGAAAAUGUCUUUUGGAUAUAUUGCCUGACCUUAAGGGCUUUCUUCCCAGGGAAGGUAUACUCACUCCAGUGUUUUAAAGGUAUAACUUAUUUUUUCAUGGAUUUGGAUAAAUUAAGCAAAAUAAAAGAGAAAAAAUGUCGCUGAUCUCACAAUCACUGGACCAGCAAAACAACUUCAAGUGCACUUUUGAAUAAAACAAAAGUUUUUUGAAUGAAACAAAAGGGAAAGUUCAUGGAGAGUACGCGUGUACAACAGAACUCGGUGAACCCCUUACUUGUUUUGCAUCAUCAUGUACAAUGUCUAUUCCCUCUACCCAUCCCUUUCUGGCUCUUUUGUUCCCCUCUUAUUUCCAAUUCCUUUUCCAUUCUUCGCCUCUUGUAUUCUUCCUCUGGUCCCUUGCACCCUUCUCCCUUUUCUCUGCGCUUCCUUCACCAUCUUAUCCCAGCUCCUUGUCCUCAUAUCUCCCCCUUCCAAGUGCUAUCCUGGCUUAGUAUUUUUCCCCUCAUAACUACCUUACCUUGCUAUUCUUUCUCCCCUUUUAACACCUCUACCCCCUUACCUUCAGAUUGUCCACAUUUGUGAUAUCAGAGUCAUUUUGUAGAUGUUCCCCGCCCGUGAGAAGGGCUUUUAGAACAGCCCCUUUCGGAGGCCCUGUGAAGGACUCCACUGAAAAAGGUUUCUUCAGACCCAGAGCAGGUCUUAAAAGGAGCCUUUGAGCAGGUCCUGUAAGCGACUCUCGUCUGCUGUUCCAACUUUUCCUAUUUUUUGAGAUAAUAUAAAUGAAAGAACUAA